GGUAUGUAGGAAAAAAAAUGGAAGGCAUGUUAUAAUGGAUAAGUGAAAUUAUUGCGCGGCUGGGUGCAUUGAAUGGUGUUUUAUUGUCCAGAUAGAGAGAAAAAUUGCAGUGGAAGUUAGGAAGAAGUAGAAGAAGCCAUGACAAGGUCUGUGUGUGAGUUCUUGUAUGAGCUUUAUGCCAAGACAAUAGUCCUUUUAACAUACAUGCUAAUACAACUUAUCCUUAUCAUUCGCUACCUUAAAUCAAACACACCUGCAAUAUCAACCACCCAAUACCUCAGUUUCAUCGAAGAGAAGAACCCCGCCAUUCGUUGCACCACAAGACUCAAGGCAGAGCACAUAGACUGCAGAGUUUGUCUCUCUGAAUUCCAGGAAGGGGAGAAGGUCAGGAACCUCAACUGCAGACACACUUUUCACAAGGAUUGCUUGGACCAGUGGUUGCAGCAAUACUGUGCUACUUGCCCACUUUGCAGACACAAGGUCUUGCCAGAUCAUGUUGUCGCCAACUACAACCUCCUUCAAAAUCAUCUACGAGAAGAAGAAGAAGAAGACUACGAUGGCAAUGAUCACCAACUCAUCUUUUUCUUAUCUGCAUUAAGGGGUGGUAGCACUUGGCACACAUAUCUCUGAUCUGCUUUCAUAUACACUACCACUCAAAUUCCCUUUUCGGUAUUAUUCAUUCCUUCACACAAUAUUCAUUCAUGCAUCCUUACAUUUUUCUACCUUUUCCAUCUUCUAAUAUCCAACCUUAUAUAUGUAUAUAUAGUAAAAGAUAGACUCUAUAGCUACUUUCCCUGUUAAUCAGCGUAAGUCUACCUUGUUUAACUCUGAAUUUCGGUUUGGUGCAUUUUGGAAACCGUUUUAGUUCGAUGCUGCAGAGUCCACAUCGGACAUACACCAAAAUGGAGAUGUUUUUGAAAAGCCUCUCUUUUUCUUUCUCAAUUCAAAACAGAGAAAGCAAAAGCUUUGCACUUCAAAAGUUCUCAACGAAAGGGUCGAUGGUUGUUGUUGUUGUUGUAGUGAUUAGACACUUCACAUUAUAGGAAAAACCUUGUAACAGAACUUGUGUGAGAAAACUUGUUGGACCAAUAUCAAUCAUAUGAUACUGCUAACAAGUUUAGUUCAUAGUGUAGUAUAAUAAUAAUAAUAAUGAUGAUAAUAAACUGAAAUAUCUCCUUAGUUGAUUAUGUAUGUGAAAGAUCUUGAUGGAGUAAAAAACCUUACAAGUUUCUCAAAGAGGUAAAUUGUUGAAGUGCAGGGAACAGUAA